AUGCCUCAUUUGAAGACGAUUGAGUUAUAUGUUCGCCUUGAUGACGAAGCAUAUCCGACGCAAUCAUCAUAUUCGCAUCAAUACGGAGUGAGCCAAACAACUGAUGAAGAAAUAAUGCAAAAUAAUGAACCUUUCAUCCGGGACGAGGAGGUUGGUGAAUACAGUGACGAUGAACUCCAUGAUGUUCACUUUGAAGAUCUAUUCGAUGAUGGCGAUGAAGAGGAUGUGUUCCCCGUGCAUUCACAGGUAAUAAAUGCUCAACCCAUAAAUCUGUACAAUCCACCAGCGCAUAUGUCAAACAUAUGUAUGGAGUCUUCUCAACCCAUCUAUAUUUUUGAAAACGACAAACCAAACCAUACUGGUGAAAACAUGGAAGUAGGUUUGGUGUUUGAAAAUAAGGAAGCGUUUAUUCUUUUUUUUACAACAUUACCAUAUUAG